UAUGACCUCAGGUGAUCCACCCACCUCGGCCUCCCAAAGUGCUGGGAUUACAGGCGUGGACCACCGUGCCCAGCCUGGGGUACUACUUUAAGAGGGCUCAGGGGUGCCAUCUUCAGAUAGAUAGAGUCCGCCUGCCCCAUAAUGUAUCAAUCCUUCAAAAUCACUUCAAAUAAACACUAACAGCAGCUUGGAGACAUUCUUCUAGACUCUCCCUUUUACUCCUCGAGGACAAAGGAGCGGCAGAGAGCCAAAGGCAGGCUGGGACUUAGGGGUUGGACUCACUCCCCCUCUGGCGGUCACGCGGGGCCCCUGGGCGCUACGGGAUACCGCCGCCACGCCUCCUGAAACAGGAACCAAUAGGAGCCCGGGCCCCGCCCCAGAGGGAGUAUUUAGGAGCUGAUCAGGAACUCGCUCCGAGAGGGCUGGGGAAGCCAAAGGGAGCGUGGAGUGGAGUCCGGCCCCGUCUCACGACCUGGGAACAGGAACACGGGCGCUCGGCCAGCCGGGCAGGGCAGAACCCGCACCGUGCCUCCUCGGCAAGAGCCAUCCGGUGCUACCCACGUCACACUAGAGCAGAAGUAGGUGAGUCCUGGAAUUGCGACCUGCACAGAGCUGAUCUGUCCUGUCCCUGGUGGUCGCCGCCAUGACCUGGCUGGUGCUGCUGGGCGCACUGCUCUGCAUGCUGCGCGUUGGGUCAAGCACCCCAGACUCCGAGGGUUUCCCGCCCCGUAUGCCCCACAACUGCCCCUACAAAUGCGUCUGCGCUGCUGACUUGCUGAGCUGCACUGGCCUAGGGUUGCAGGACGUGCCGGCCGCGUUCCCUGCCGCUACUGCAGACCUCGACCUAAGCCACAACGCACUCCAGCGCCUGCGACCCGGAUGGUUGGCACCCCUCUUACAGCUUCGCGCCCUGCACCUAGGCCAUAACGAACUAGAUGCGCUGGGUCGCGGCGUCUUCGCCAAUGCCAGCAGCCUGAGACUGCUGGAUCUAUCAUCUAACGCGUUGCGGUCGCUUGGCCGCCACGAUCUCGACGGGCUGGGGGCGCUGGAGAAGCUGCUUCUGUUCAAUAACCGCCUGGUACACUUGGACAAGCAUGCCUUCCACAGCCUGAGAGCACUCAACCAUCUCUACCUGGGCUGCAACGAACUCGCCUCCUUCUCUUUCGACCACUUGCACGGUCUGAGCGCCACCCACCUGCUUACUCUGGACCUCUCCUCCAACCGACUGGGACACAUCUCCGUACCUGAGCUGGCCGCGCUGCCAGCUUUCCUCAAGAACGGCCUCUACUUGCACAACAACCCAUUGCCCUGCGACUGCCGCUUCUACCAACUGCUACAGCGCUGGCACCAGCGGGGCCUGAGCGCCGUACGCGACUUUGCGCGCGAGUACACAUGCUUAGCCUUCAAGGUACCCGCGUCCCGUGUGCGCUUCUUCCAGCACAGCCGUGUCUUUGAGAACUGCUCGUCGGCCUCAGCUCUUGGCCUAGAGCGGCCAGAAGAGCACCUGCACGCGCUGGUGGGUCGGUCCCUGAGGCUUUACUGCAACACCAGCGUCCCGGCCAUGCGCAUUGCCUGGGUUUCCCCGCAGCAGGAGCUGCUCAGGGCACCAGGAUCCCGCGAUGGCAGCAUCGCAGUGCUGGCUGAUGGCAGCUUGGCCAUAGGUAACGUGCAGGAGCAGCAUGCAGGACUCUUCGUGUGCUUGGCCACUGGGCCCCUCCUGCAUCACAACCAGACGCACGAGUACAACGUGAGCGUGCACUUCCCGCGCCCAGAGCCCGAGGCUUUCAACACAAGCUUCACCACGCUGCUGGGCUGUGCCGUGGGCCUGGUGCUUGUACUGCUCUACCUGUUUGCCCCACCCUGCCGCUGCUGCCGCCGUACCUGCUGUUGCCGCUGCUGGCCCCGAACACCCAGCCCACUCCAUGAACUGAGCGCACAGUCCUCAGUGCUCAGCACCACACCACCAGACGCACCCAGCCGCAAGGCCAGCGUCCACAAGCACGUGGUCUUUCUGGAGCCAGGCCGGAGGGGCCUCAAUGGCCGAGUGCAGCUGGCAGUAGCCGAGGACUUCGAUAUCUGCAACCCUAGGGGCCUGCAGCUGAAGGCUAGUUCUGAGUCCGCAAGCUCCAUAGGCUCCGAAGGUUUCAUGACAACCUAGACUGCACCAGAGCCCCGCCCAAGCCCCCACCCUCUUGCUGCUCGCCCUGCUCCAUGCUGUGGUCCAGAGAACAGAUAGAUGCUGGUGGGGAGUGCUGUGCCUGGCCCCCUGGCUUCUUGUGUGGGCCUCAAACCACAAUGGGCCUUCUCACUCACUGGUAGAGAGAGAGGUUCCAGUCCCUAACCUGCCUUCUGCUCUGCCCCUGCACAAGACCCAAAGGCCCCAGGCCCUGCAAGGUGUGCUAGUGCCUGCUUCUCCAGGGACCUCCUAGUGCCCAAAUGCCCUGUGAGGCUGAGAGACCUAGGCCCAUGUGAUAGAACCCCUGUAGCAGAGCCCCCUAUCCACCCUCAGGGGCCAAAGGAACUCUUGAGUGGUGCUGAAGAGCUGACGCAGGGCUACCUCCCCUUCCCAAGGUCGCGGGAGGCAGUGGGCCCAUAGGGAAAAGGAGGCAGCUCUGAAGGAAGAUCCCACCCACACCCCAAGUCAGAAGGAAACAAGCCCGCCCUCUGGUGAAAUGGGACUCCCUCCAUCUGCCAACACCCAACCUCCUGAAAGCUUCGCAACUGCACGCAGAGUCCAGUGGACAGGCACUAGGCAGGAAAGGCUCCUUAAGAGACUCCUGAGGGCCCUGGCCUAAGCCCCAGCCAGAGGCCCUGCUCUCUCUGGCCUGGCUCUCUCCAGCUGUUGUCCUGAAGGCAGAGCCCAUUCUGUGGGCUCACAAGACACAGUGAAGGGGAUCAUGGCCUGCGCCACUUCUUUUCAGCAGUAAAACGCCCAAAAAGCCUGGCGAGCAUGGCCAAGCUGUGAGGGCCAAGCCGGAACUCCAUGUCCCUUGAGGGCAGGUGCCUCUUAAGGGCUGGCACUGGUUUCAGCCUAAUGGCUGAGGCGGUGCCCUGGCUUCACAUGCCUCUCACUGCUCCCAUUGCAGGGGGGCAGGGAAGGGGGUCUGGGAGCUCCUCAUGUGUGGGGGCUGAGCUGGGGGCCCUCAUGGCCAUCCUGGACCCCACUGCUCCAGAGUUUCUUAAUAAAGGCAGCACUUGCUUAUUGCUGGAGCCUUCGCA